UGUGGGACGUCGCAUCAUCACCACCAUCACUACCUAAACUUUUUCUUUGUUUGUGACUCAGUCCCGUGUGAAGCGCUGCCACUUUGGGCUGUGAGUGCGAUGCGCAUUUAAGAGCACCGGAGCGAUGGCGAGUCACACUUGCACACGGAUACGGACCACUUUUUUGCUGCACUUUGUCCUCUUUGCGAUCUGCUACUUGGCCACCCGCAGCACAGCAGCUCGGAGGUCCAGCGCCAGGAGAGCCGAUCGUCUGAGUCCUCCGUUGGACAUCCAAUUAGAGAGCGUCAAUUGCAGCGCCUUCAGCGUGCGAUGGAAGAUGCCGCGGAGACACGUGAGCACCAUCACCGGAUACAAGGUAUUCUACACUGAGGUGAAAAAUGGCCGUCUCCUGGGUACAACCUCCGUGAGGGAAGUCCCUCUUAGUUUGGACAUACUGACUACGGGCCAAUUUGAUGGACAAGCAAACUUUGAUGUGGACAUUGGAAACCUAAAGGUGAACACCAAGUACCGAGUGAGCGUGGGUGCUUACGGUUGGGCCGGCGAGGGUCGGCCCAGUAUGCCACGGGAUGUCAGCACAUCCUCUCAUGAUGCGUGCAUGCCGCCCUCACCCCCGACUGAGCCCGUCGUCGUGGCGAUUUCCGAUACGGAGUUGGCGUUGUCGUGGCAGCAAGGGGAGAGUGAGGGUAGCGCACCUGUCCUUCACUUCCUGGUUGCUUACAUCCGGCCGGAAAUGGACACAGAAUGGACUUACAUCCGUGAGCCUAUCGAGAGCAACUCCAUGGUUCUCAAGGGCCUCAUACCUGAGACCGAGUACCAGUUUGUCAUCAGAGCCGUGAACAUCCACGGCGCCAGCCCUCCGAGCCACGUCAACAACCCGGUGCGCACCCUGGGAUCAUCAGAUGUUGGCAGUGGUGAUUAUGGACGUUACUUUACCGAUACGCAGAGCAAAGACGACGAUGGUUUUGACAUGGAUGACUCCGACUAUGAUAUUUUUAUCGAAGAAUUAAAGCCGUUCCCCGGAAUCGGCCGAGACAGCGGCAAGUCACAGCUUCGCUCUCGCUCCAGUCCGUCCGGUCAGAACGUUGUUUACCGCAUGGACACCGUGGUGCCGCCCAAUGCCACCGUGCUACCCCCUGCCUCUUCCGCCAGCGAUCCAUCGGCCAUCUUCCCAGACUUUUCAGAUCUGAUUUUUCCCACCAGCUCGAGGCGCGAGAUCACAGCCACUACGACCACCAGCACUGCUGCAACCACACCCACCAUUGCUCUCACAAUGUCCCCAUGGAAGGGCAAGGUGCCUCGGGUCUACCACCUGACCUGCGACGACACAGUUUGUCCUCAGGACAGCUUCUGCCUCACAGACUCAGAGAGCGGAGGCUCGCGCUGCCACUGCAACCUCGGACGAGGCGGUGACACUUGCUCUCAAGAGGUGUCUGUCAAGUUCCCCAGGUUCUAUGGAUACUCGCAUAUGACCUUUGAACCGUUGAAGAACUCCUACCAGACCUUUCAAAUAUCACUGGAGUUCAAGGCGGACAGCGAGGAUGGCCUGCUGCUGUAUUGUGGUGAGAACGAGCAUGGGCGGGGAGACUUCACCUCUUUGGCCUUGGUACAAGGCAAGCUGCAUUACAGGUUCAACUGCGGAACAGGCGCAGCUCAGAUUGUCAGCGAGAGCCAAGUGGUCGUCGGUCAGUGGCACACGGUCACCGUCUUCAGGGACGGCACGAGCGGCUGGCUGCGAUUGGACAAUGACACGCCCAUAUCUGGUCGAUCCCCGGGCCAAUACUCCAAAAUCACGUUCCGCUCCCCGCUGUACGUGGGAGGAGCUCCGAGCACGUACGGGUUGGCAAAGGCGACGGGCGCCGUCGGCGGCUUUAAGGGAUGCGUCCAAAGUUUGAGCCUCAAUGGCAAGGCCGCCGAUGUCAGACCGUGGCCAGUUGGCCGGGCGCUGAGCGGUGCUGACGUAGGCGAGUGCAGCGACAGUGUGUGCGACGUAGUGGGCUGCGCUAACGGCGGCGUGUGCUUUGCCAACCGGGCCGACGGCUACAUCUGCCUCUGCCCACUCGGCUUCAGGGGAGCCCUGUGCCAAGACAGCUUCACGCUGUCGUCGCCGCUUUUCAACGAGACCAUGUUAUCUUACGCUGUGGUGGCAUGGCCUCAGCCCUCCCAGAGCUAUUUGUCCUUCAUGGAGUUCGAGAUGACCUUCAGCCCGUCGGCGCCCGAAGGCACGCUGCUGUACAGCGACGACGACGGCAGCGGCGACUUUCUGGCCAUCAACCUGCGGGACGGAUACGUGGAGUUCAGAUUCGACUGCGGCUCGGGAGGAGCUGUUUUAAGGAGUGAGGAGCAAAUCGCUAUGGACUCCUGGCAUGAAUUAAGGGUGUCCCGAACGGCAAAAAGUGGAAUCUUGCAAGUAGACAACCAGAAGGCAGUAGAAGGGUUUGCUGAGGGAGCGUUUACACAGAUCAAUUGCAGCUCAGCAAUUUACAUCGGUGGUGUACCUCAAUAUGACAAAACCAAGAGAACAGCGGGUGUCAGGAAACCCUUUACGGGGACCAUUCAAAAGCUUGUCCUCAACGAUCGGACCAUCCCCAUCACGAGCAGCUCGGCGAGCGGUGUGAACGUCGCCAAUUCGGAGCAUCCUUGCGUGCAAAGCCCUUGCGCCAACGGCGGCACCUGCAGGCCCAAACGGGACAGCUACGAGUGCGACUGCCCUCUCGGCUACGACGGCCGCCACUGCCAGAAAGAAUGUGGAAACUACUGCUUGAACACUGUGACAGAAGCUAUCGAGAUCCCGCAGUUCAUGGGUCGCAGCUACCUCACCUAUGACAACAGAGACAUUCUCAAGAGACUGUCAGGUUGGAGGAACAACGUGUUCAUGCGCUUUAAGAGUAAUGGCGGGGAUGGUCUGCUGCUGUGGCGAGGAGACACACCCAUGAGAGCCAACAGUGACUUCCUCUCCUUGGGCCUGCAGGGCGGAGCACUCAUCUUCAGUUACAACCUGGGCAGCGGUGUGGCAAACAUUGCGGUCAACGGAACUUUCACUGAUGGGAAGUGGCACAGAGUCAAAGCCGUCAGGGAUGGUCAGUCUGGCAAGUUGACCGUGGAUGACUACGGUGCCAAAACGGGUCGCUCGCCAGGCAAGAUGAGGCAACUCAACAUAAACGGACCGUUAUACAUUGGAGGCAUGAAGGAGAUCGCUUUGCACACCAACCGGCAGUACAUGGGGGGCCUGCUGGGCUGUGUGUCGCACUUCACGCUGUCCACCGAUUUCCACGUGGCGCUGGUGGAGGACGCCGCCGAUGGCAAGAACAUCAACACUUGCUCCAACUAGGCCCAACUUGGCGAUCGUUUUGGAACCUGUUCGGUCGCCGAAAAACUGGAAGCAUUGCAUGUCACGCUGAAGAUAACGAGUAAAAAACUCACCCGGGUCUUCGCGAGGACUUUUUUUAAUGGGAUGAUUCCAAGCACAUCUCUAUUUUUCUACUCCAAAUCCUCAUUUGAUUGCCGGAAGGAGCAACCAAUCUGCGGGAUUGAGCGUUAUGUGUUUGUUUUUCAAUGGCCUAACAUAGAGCAGCUAGCGGAGAUCAAGUUCUUUGUAGUGGAUUUUGUUGGGCCUUUAGGGACUUUCUCUCACUUUUCAAGUCAUCCUCUUGUGUUGUUCUUGUGCUUGUGUAGGCAAAAUUCAGAGUUGGACAAAGUGCAGCUCAUAGUGACGUUUGUGUCUUUUUAACUUCUACUAGUUUACACAGUGAUGUUUUCAUACAGAGAAAUGCUUCCUGGUUCCUGUUCAUGUUCACAGAAGCUUGCUGCUGCUGCUGUGAAAAAUUCAUAAGGUGCAAUUGUAAUCUUCCCCUAAAGGCCAACGAAAAUUUAGGAUUUAUCAGUCAUGGUUUAAGGUCAGCCAGGCUCUACCUCUAAUAGAAUGGCUCUGAGUUUAUAGGGCACAGUCAGAACUGCACAAGGAUAAAAUGAAAUUUAAAAUUGGCAAGAGUUGGAAUAGCAAGUCAGGACCAAGGGCACUAUUAGGAGGUCAGACAGCCUUGCAAACAUUCUGAAAGAAAAAAAAAAACAGUAAUGGUUCAAGUUCUGUUCCUGCUCACAGUCAUUUGUUUUCAUUGGGUCGAGUUUGGGUGCAAUCGUAAUAGCCUCAUUGGUCAAUCCAAGCUAAUAGCUCAUUUAGGCAUUCACGGUCAUAUGGCUGACAGGAAGAGGAUCAUGCAUCAUGGGUCAACAGAGUGGCUCAGUAGGGGACAGUUCUAAAUGCAGAGGUGGGUAGAGUAGCAAAACAUUUUACUCAAAUAAGAGAAGCGUUAUUUCCAAAUAAUAUCUUCCAAAUGUCUUCCAAAAAGUGUACUCAAGUACAAGUAAAAAGCAUUUGAUGAAGAGAAUACUCAAGUAAUGAGUAACAUUGUGAUUAACUGGUUAAGAUGUUUGAUUUUUUUUUUUUUUUUAAAUAAUGGUGUUUUUUUCUCAGCACAAACUUAUCUAUAUGAAGUUAUUAUUAUAUUGUACUAUAACAUACUACAUACAGAGCCCAUAAGGUGACAUGGAAGAAGAAGGGGAAAAAAAAGUUGUCGUUAAAAAAAAAAAAAAAAAAAAAAACAGCACUCCUAAAGGGACACAGAUUUCUUAUUUGUCAAAGCAAAGCAAAAAAAAACAACAACAAAAAAACAUUAAAAAAAAUUCAAAGCAAAAAAAAAAUUUUUUUUACAUCGAAGAAAGAAAAAAAAAGUUAACAUCCCCCCAAAAAAAUCUUCGAUGUUGAAAAUUUUUGCUUCGAUGUUUAAAAAAAUUAAUUAAAAAAAAAAAAGUUAACAU